AUGGCCCGGGACCAUAUUGAACUGUCUGAGAGCGAGAGCGAGUCAGAAGUCGAGUCCGAUCGAAGCCACGGAUCCAUAUCUGUUUCCGAAUGGCCUGACCCCGCUCUAAAUCUAAGUCGUGAUGUCUUCCUUUAUGGCUUUGUAUUUGGCACUGCUGCAUCUGCUUAUCAAGUUGAGGGAGAGGCACUCAAGGGUGGUCGAGGACCUAGCAUUUGGGAUGCAUUUGUAAAAAUUCCAGGUCUCAUUCCAAAUAACGCAACGGGUGAUAUAACAGACUAUGAGUAUCAUCAUUAUAAGGAAGAUAUUGACAUCAUGAAGGAGCACAAUUUUGAUGCUUAUAGAUUCUCGAUCUCUUGGAGUAGAAUUUUUCCAAAUGGAACUGGAGCCAUUAAUUGGGAAGGUGUUGAUUAUUAUGAUAGGCUAAUUGACAAUUUAAUACUAAAAGGUAUUAUUCCAUAUGUCAAUCUCUAUCACUACAAUCUUCCAUUGGCACUCCAAAAUGAGUACUUGGGUUGGUUGAGUCCUAAGAUAGUAGUGAAAAAUUGGUUCACAUUCAAUGAGCCAAGGGUGGUGGCAGCUUUAGGUUAUGAUACUGGUUCUCAAGCCCCUGGAAGAGCUACUGGUAGCAAAUUUGGAGGAAACUCAUCUAUAGAGCCUUAUAUUGUGGCUCAUAAUCUUAUCUUAUCUCAUGCUGUAGCAAGCAACAAGGAAAAAUUGGAUUUUUUUUUGGAUUUUGCUUGGUAUAAGCCUCACACUUACUCUGACAAUGAUAAAGCUGCUGCUCAAAGAGCUAAAGAUUUUCAUUUGAGAUGGUUCAUUCACCCUCUAACAUAUGGAUACUAUCCUCAAUCCAUUCAAGACAUUGUUAAAGAAAUAUUGCCAAAAUUUACUAACAAUGAAGUGGAGCUAGUUAGAGAUGAUCGAAAUGGGGUACCAAUUGGACCAAGGGCUGAUUCAUAUUGGCUCUACAUAGUUUCGUGGGGAUUGUAUAAGGCAGUGACAUAUGUUAAGGAAAACUAUGGCAAUCCAAUUGUUUUUCUAUCUGAAAAUGGCAUGGAUCAAACGGGCAAUGUCACACUUCCAAAAGGUUUGCAAGAUACUCAAAGGAGACAUUUUUAUCAUAACUACAUUACUGAACUAAAGAGAGCUAUAGAUGAUGGUGCUUCAGUGAUUGGGUACUUUGCAUGGUCUCUUCUUGAUAACUUUGAAUGGAGAUUAGGAUACACAUCAAGGUUUGAUAUUGUCUAUGUUGACUUUAAGAAUAAUAAGCGCUUCCCGAAGGAAUUAGCUCGUUGGUUCAAGAAGAUUCUCCAGAGGAGUUAA